AGGAUGUAUUCACCAGUUGUCAGAGCAACACUACCGCCCCUGUUGAGUUACAUUGCAGCAAGCGUAACCAUCUAUGUCAAUACAAUGAUGUAUCAGAUGGCUGUAAUUACGGUUUGUUGUUUUUGAAAGGUCUUUAUGCGACGAGUUAUAACAUGAUAACUUGCAGCAGUCGUUUCACAGCAUACUACGACGAGUUUGAGGAACUCAUGUAUGAGCAUCGAAUCGAAUGCUGAGAAUUCAUUGUGCAAGACAUCUUUCAAUAACUCGAAAUAAUUUUUCUAAACGAACGAGCCUUGUUGCCUUUUGGAUGCCUGUAGCGACAGACUCCAAACAGACCUAAUCAGAGGUCCACAUUCCAUGCCUGGGGUUCCGUUUUAAGCUCUAAGCCAGUCAAUGAUGCUAACCCCCACCACCCCUGAAGCAGAGGACAAGGCCUAUUGCUGUGACUCCCCACAGAAGCUUGCGUCUCAAUUCUCCCACUCAUGCCUGUGAUCCCCAUCCCUCGGCGUGUGCGUAGCUUCCAUGGUCCCCACACCACCUGCAUGCACUCGGCCUGUGGGCCUGCACGCACCACCCAGCUUGUGCGCACCAAGUACAACAACUUUGACCUUUACCUGCGCUCACGCUGCAUGUACGGCUUCCUGCGCUUCCUGCUCUACUUCGGCUGCAGUCUUCUGACCUCCCUCCUCUGGGUGGCGCUGUCGGCUCUAUUCUGCCUACAGUACGUGAGCGCCCGUGUCUUCCUGCGACUGCAGUACAAGCUGUCCGUCAUCCUGUUGUUGCUAGGACACCGGCGCCUUGACUUUGGGGUGCUCAACAACCUGUUUAUCUACAGUAUGCAGGUCACAAUGUUCCUGGUGGGAGGCCUGGGCUGGUGCUUCAUGGUGUUUGUGGAUAUGUAGCUUCUGGUGACAACAGUGACGAUGGAUUUUUUAUUAUAAACAAAAAAAAUGUAACCUUUAUUUAACCGGGUAGGCUAGUUGAGAACAAGUUCUCAUUUACAACUGCGACCUGGCCAAGAUAAAGCAAAGCAGUGGACACAAACAACAACACAGAGUUGCACAUGGAAUAAACCAACGUAGAGUCAAUAACACAGUAGAGAAAAAAAAGUAUAUAUACAGUGUGUGCACUGUUAUAUACCAAUGUCAGACCUCUACCUAAUGCACAGCAGCCAUUUUGUACCAAAACAUUACCACACAGCAGCAGUUGCGAUGAAGGCGUAAGGAUGACCAGGAAUAGAAGCUGGACAGAAUAUAUGGUUACACUCUGCUGCUAUUUGCCUGAAAACAGCUGAUGCAUACUUACUCUAAGACUUCUGUAAUACUUACAGAAGUCUUAGAGUAAGUUACUUUAGUUUGGACUAUGAAGGCCUUACUUUAGUUUGGACUAUGAGGGGUGGGAUGCCUCGCAAGGCCCUAGAAAGGAAAACAUGCUAUCUUCUGUUUGACUGGAGAAAACAAAUCACACAAAAUGUUGAAUUCUAAACAUAAAGGAUACGUUUGUAUUGGUGUUGGAAUCAAUUCCCUAGGUGACCAACAUUAUUUUUGUAACAUUAUUAUUUUACACAUCGUCUUUUGAUAAAAAAAAUAAAAAAGCAUCAGUAUCGUGCUAUAAAGUAUAUGGAUAAGUGAGUAUGUGUGAGUGUUUGCAGAUUGUGUCUUAUUGAUGCCACUAAUAUCUGCCAUGGGCAAGGCCUGCUGCUUGAGCUGUGUCAUCGAGUCUGUAACAGUGCGAGUUAGUUACAGUGGGUGGCUUUGGGUGAAGUGUUCAUUUAGUCCCUCACAUGGUCCCAGAAUCCCUCUCGCAGAGAGAACACUCUGUUCGGCCUCCCUCAGAAAACAAUAGCCAAUCACAGCCAGACACCUCCGUCUCUGCCAACCAAAACAAUGGCUGUGGCUGUAUCCCAAUGGCCUCCUUUACUCAGCUUCCUCCCUACACUAGGACUGAUCUGAUAAGUAUAGGAAAGGCUGUAAUGAUAGGAUGAAAACCUAUUCAGAAUGUUUAUCAGUGUGGUCAUGUGUAAAGCCUGUAGUUUUCACUCACCAUGUGCCAAUAACUUUCUCAUUGUUCAUUUUAAGUAUUGAAAUCCUGAUAAAUUUCUCCUAAAUUCUCCUCUUUUCCUUGUCCCCUUUUCCACAAGCCUAGGUUCUGGCCAGGAAAAGGUCUGGCCCUAGUUAUAGUCACAGCCUCUGUUUCAGUACUUAAACAGUAAACAGUGUGCAAGCCAAGUUUCCACCAUGCUACUUUCUAUUCAGUCUGUUUCAGAUCAGUGCUCAAUACUACCAUUUGAAAGAUUUGGGACUCGGCCCCAGUUGUUGGAUGGAGUUCAGAGAUAGAUAGAGGACUCAUCUUAAUAUCUGUGCCAUUAUAGUGUCUGUGAUAGCCAGUGAGGCUACAACCCAUAGGAAUCCCUACCCAGUUGACUACUUUGACCAAUUUAAAAUGGCGACAUGGAAAAGGACUGGCAUUGGGCCGAAUUGGGUACGCAGCACAACCCUGUAUUGUUCUAGAAUCAACUCAUCAUAUACCUCAUACUCUGGGCUACUCAUAUUUGUUAGCCUAGUUCGUAUAUGUCCUGUUAAAACUGAAAGGAAGGAAGAAUUGUGUUUUUGAAGGAAGUGUUCAUACCCCUUUACUUAUUCCACAUUUUGUUGUGUUACAGCCUGAAUUCAAAAUGGAUUAAAAUAUAUUUUUUUAUCUCACCCAUCUACACACAAUAACCCAUAAUGACAAAGUGAAAACAUGUUUUUAGAAAUGUUUGCUAAUGUAUUGAAAAUGAAAUAUAGAAAUAUCUCAUUUACAUAAGUAUUCACACACCUAACUCAAUACUUUGUAGAAUAACCUUUGGCAGCGAUUAUAGCUAUGAGUCUUUCUGGGUAAGUCUCUAAGAGAUUUCCAUACCUGGAUUGUGCAACAUUUGUGCAUUAUUCUUUUCAAAAUUCUUCAAGCUCUGUCAAAUUGGUUGUUGAGCAUUGCUAGACAACCAUUUUCAUCUCAUGGAUUUUCUAGUAGAUUUAAGUCAAAACUGUACCUCGGACACUAAGGAACAUUCACUGUCUUCUUGGUAUGCAACUGCAGUGUAGAUUUGGCCUUGUGUUUUAGGUUAUUGUUCUGCUAAAAGGUUCAUUAAUAUCCCAGUGUCUGGUGGAAAGCAGACUGAACUAGAUUUUCCUCUAGGAUUUUGCCUGUGCUUAGCUCCAUUCUGUUUAUUUUUUAUCCUGAAAAACUCCUGUCCUUAACUAUUACAAGCAUACCCAUAACAUGAUGCAGCCACCACUAUGCUUGAAAUUAUGGAGAGUGGUACUUAGUAAUGUGUUGUAUUGGAUUUGCCCCAAACAUAACACUUUGUAUUCAGGACAAAAAGUGAAUUGCUUUUCCACAUUUUUUGCAGUAAUACUUUAGUGCCUUAUUGCAUCCAGGAUACAUGUUUUGGAAUAUUUGUAUUCUUUACAUGGUUCCUUCUUUUCACUCAGUCAAUUAGGUUAGUAUUGUAGAGUAACUACAAUGUUGUUGCUCCAUCCUCAGGUACCUCCUAUCACAGCCAUUAAACUCUAACUAUUUUUAAGUCACCAUUGGCCACAUGGUGAAUUCCCUGAGCAGUUACCUUCCUCUCUGGCAACUGAGUUAGCUUUGUAGUGACUGUGUUGAUAUACCAUCCAAGUGUAAUAACUUCACCAUGCUCAAAGGGAUAUUCAACAUCUACUUUUUUAUUUGUACCCAUUUACCAAUAGGUGCCCUUCUUUAUGAGGAAUUGGAAAACCUCCCUGGUCUUUGUGGUUGAAUCUGUGUUUACAAUUCACUGCUUGACUGAGGGACCUUGCAGGUAAUUGUAAUAAUAAUGUUAAACUUUAUUAUUGUACACAGGCCAUGCAGAUGAUUUUCUCCUGAACUUACACUGAAUAUACCAAACAUUAGGAACACCUUCCUAAUAUUGUGUUUCAACACCAACCC